UACGGAUCCACGUGAAGAACCAGUGGGGAUCUAUAAGGAAGGGAAGGGUUGUAAUCUUGUCGAACUGAAGUAUCUAGUGUUGGAUUAUCGAAACAAAUACUAUGUCUUCGUUUAGAAAAGCCUUGAAAUCCCGCCAGCGGGAUCACAAAGAGAGAUCUCAGCUUGGUUUUAGAAAACAUUUGGGACUCUUGGAGAAGAAGAAGGACUACAAACUUCGAGCAGAUGACUACCAUAAGAAACAAAACACUCUUAGUGCCUUGCGCAAGAAGGCCAUGGACAAGAACCCUGAUGAGUUCUACUUCAAAAUGAUAAACUCGCAGUUAAAGGAUGGGGUGCACGUGGAGAAAAAGAAAACAGAGGAAGAGAUGACAGACGAACAGAAGAAAGUGAUGAGGACGCAGGACAUUAAGUAUGUGGAGAUGAAGAGGGUCUCAGAGGCCAAGAAAAUUGAAAGAUUGAAGUCAGGGCUUCAUCUUUUGGAUGCGGAAGGGAAGCAGAAAAAUGAGCAUGUAUUUUUUGUUGACUCCAAGAAAGAAGUCGAGGCAUUUGACUUGGCUACACACCUGAACACAGUGCCAGAGUUGGUGAAGCGAACUUUUAACAGACCAACGGUGGAAACCCUGGAGAAGAAAAGCAUUGUGGGAGCAGUGGAGCCGCGGAACAUAGAGAAAAUAGCCAGGCAGAGGAGGAAUCAGUAUGAGAUUCUGUCUCAGCGCAUCGAGAGAGAGAAGAAAAUGUUUGUCAUCAGCCAGAAAAUCCAGACACGCAAAGACCUCCAAGACAAGACCAGGAAGGUGAAAGUGAAGGGGGAGACUGCCAACUCAGCUGCCAUCUACAAAUUUGAUGCCAAGAGGAAACGUUGAUGAACUCUGAACUCUGACCUGUGAUGCAGGAGCCCACACUUAGAUAAGGGUCCAUAAAGGGUCUCAAGCAUUCGCCGCUACUGGUCACAUACUUUGUAGGCUGUGGUGGAGGAACUGGACUGUGUUUCUCUGGCAACAUGUGGCUGCAAAAGUCACACAGGAGCUGGGGGAUUUUUUUUUCUUUCAAUUUGUAUAUUUAUAGCAAUAUUUUCAAGAUCUCAACUAAAAUUGUGUUGAAAUAAAAAAAAAUGUUUGUUUUGAA